CACACACGCACGCACGCACGCACGCACGCACACACACAAACCGUUAAUAUAUUAUUUUAUUUUCGUAAUAUUUUUCAUUUCUCCCAUCCGUCGCCCGCUCGUUUUUUGACUGAUCGCCGUGACUGACGCACUAAUUUCUCUCUCUCUCUCUCUCUCUCUCUCGCUUCCUCUUUCGAUCGUAUUUGUUAUUAAUAAAAUUACGAUGAACAUAUACCGUUCGUUAUGACUUAUAAUAUUGUUGUACGCCGAGCGACCACAUAGAUUUGCGCGCAGCCGUUGACUUUUUCGACACUGCCGUCAUUCGUUUUCUGGUGCCGCCGCCACCCGACGGCAGCAGCGGCGACAACGGCGGCCGCGGUGGCGACGACGACGACGACGACGCCGAUACAAUUAUCAGUUUUCCCGCGGCCGUCCCGCGCGCACAUUCGAACGCCGCCACCGCUGCCGUGACGCGGACCACCAGCGUACCUUCCACUCGCUUCGGACGUACUUGUCCACCGUCGUCGGCCACCCCAUAUCGCUUCGUUCCGACAACGCGCACAUAACCGUCGCCGUCGUCUCCGACAUCACUUUCUCCGUCGUCAUCAUCUUCGUCCCCGUACGGCUGGACCGAUCACUCGACCUUCAACCGAAACUUCACUGCUCAAGCGACACGACGUCCGUCCGAAGCAUGGUAAAACUGUAGAAUAUGAUUUUAGUGAGGUGAUCAUUAUUCUCCGUCUUUAUCGAAAUAAAUGUUUGAAAAAAAAAUAUGAGUGUUGUAAAUAACAACAAUGCCGAUCCUAAUGUGGUGUCUACUAACAAUAACAACAACAAUGCGAACGCUAAUAGCAACAGCAAUAACACCAACAACAACGCAAACAACAGUAAUCCGGCAAAUAACACAAAUCAGACCAAGCAGGUAGUAAAAAGACCCAUCCGAAGGCCAGGAAAACAGCUUCCCGACAGACCGCAAAGAGCAUUAUGUUGCCUAACUCUCAAAAAUCCAUUGCGAAAAUUAUGCAUCGGCGUGAUAGAAUGGAAACCAUUCGAAUACUUAAUUUUAAUGACCAUCUUUGCUAAUUGUAUUGCUCUCGCAGUGUACACACCAUACCCAUGCAACGAUUCGAACACAAUAAAUGGAUAUUUAGACAGAAUUGAACGCGUGUUUUUAGUUAUAUUUACAGUAGAAUGCAUAAUGAAAAUUAUAGCGUAUGGGUUUGUUGCCCAUCCAGGGGCGUACUUAAGAAACGGUUGGAACUUCUUGGAUUUCACUAUUGUUUUAAUGGGAGCCAUAAGUAUAAUCAAUGGAUUCGAUGUAAAAGCCCUACGAGCUUUUCGAGUUUUAAGACCACUAAGAUUAGUAUCAGGAGUGCCAAGUUUACAAGUCGUAUUAAAUUCCAUUUUACGAGCUAUGGUACCUCUUCUACACAUUGCACUUUUAGUUAUAUUUGUGAUUAUCAUAUAUGCAAUUAUCGGACUAGAACUGUUCUCUGGAACUUUGCACACUACCUGCUGGGAAAAUGAUACAAUGAUGGAUGAUCCUCAUCCAUGUGAUGAAGGUGAUUACGGCGAAAUCAGUGGAUUCAAUUGCGCUACUCUCAUUGGUAAUUAUUCAUGCCACGGUCACUGGGAUGGGCCGAAUUCAGGAAUAACUAACUUUGACAAUUUCGGUUUGUCUAUGUUAACGGUUUUCCAGUGUAUUACACUUGAAGGAUGGACGGACGUUUUAUACAGUAUUGAAGAUUCAUUAGGAAGUUCAUGGCAAUGGAUUUAUUUUGUUUCAAUGGUCAUCCUAGGAGCAUUUUUCGUUAUGAAUCUAAUUCUUGGUGUGUUGAGCGGAGAAUUUUCUAAAGAAAGAGAAAAGGCAAAAGCUAGAGGAGAUUUUCAGAAACUUCGUGAAAAACAACAACUUGAAGAAGAUUUGAGAGGUUAUUUAGAUUGGAUAACACAAGCAGAAGAUAUUGAACCUGACGGAGAUGAAAAAGAUGAAUCUUCUAAUCAACAAAAUAAUAAUGUAAAUGAAAAUAAAUCGACGAAUGUGGAACGUGAUGAAGUGGAUCAAAGUAAAUCGUGGUGGAAAAAAAAGCGGAAAAAUUUUGACAAAAUUAAUCGCAGGGCUAGACGAGCUUGUCGAAAAGCUGUGAAGUCGCAAGCUUUUUAUUGGUUGAUUAUUAUUUUAGUGUUCUUGAACACCGGUGUUUUAGCAACAGAACAUUAUAAACAACCACAAUGGUUAGAUGAUUUUCAAGAAAUAACAAAUGUAUUUUUCAUUACACUUUUUACUUUGGAAAUGUUGUUAAAAAUGUAUAGCCUCGGAAUACAGGGAUAUUUUGUUUCGCUUUUCAAUCGAUUCGACUGUUUCGUAGUAAUCGGAAGUAUAACCGAAACGAUUUUAACGCGAACGGCAUUAAUGUUACCACUCGGAGUAUCAGUGUUACGUUGUGUUCGGCUACUCAGGGUUUUUAAAGUUACUAAGUACUGGAGGUCGCUUUCAAAUUUAGUCGCCUCGUUGCUCAAUUCGAUACAAUCCAUUGCUUCUUUGCUGCUUUUACUAUUUCUUUUCAUCGUCAUAUUUGCACUGCUGGGGAUGCAAGUAUUCGGUGGAAAAUUUAAUUUUGAAGCCACAGAUUACAAGCCACGUAGUAAUUUUGAUACAUUUUGGCAGAGUUUACUAACUGUAUUUCAAAUAUUGACCGGUGAGGAUUGGAAUGUUGUGAUGUAUAAUGGAAUAAACGCUUACAACGGUGUGUCAUCACCAGGGAUUUUAGCUUGCAUCUACUUUAUUAUAUUGUUUAUCUGCGGUAACUAUAUUCUUUUAAACGUUUUCUUGGCUAUCGCUGUGGAUAAUUUAGCUGAUGCCGAGUCUUUAACUGCUAUAGAUAAAGAAGAAGAACAACCGGAAACCAAACAAAAAUCUCGAAGUAAUAGCCAAACGAGAGAAAGGGAAAAUGAAUAUCAAGGUGAAAACUCUGAAGGAAUAUCUGUCGAAGAAGAACUUUCAGACCAAAGUUCGUCAAGAAAAGAUUACGAAAGUGACAGUAACAUUAAAAUCAAUCUUGAAGAAGGAUCUGAUUUUGAACCAAAUAAUAACCAAGAAGAUGAAGAAAAUGAAGAAGGUCGUGCUCGUCGGAUGUCGGAACUCAACAAUGCGAAUAAAGGGAUGCCGCCAAUUCCUCAGGCUUCAUCGUUUUUCAUAUUUUCCCCAACUAAUAGGGUUCGAACGUUCUGCCAUUGGUUUUGCAACCAUACUUACUUUAGUAAUUUUUUAUUAGUAUGUAUAAUGGUUUCUUCGGCUUUAUUAGCUGCAGAAGAUCCGUUAAAAGCAGAUUCGGAUAGAAACAACGUUUUAAAAAAAUUCGAUCAUUUCUUCACGGCAGUUUUCACUUUUGAGAUAAUUUUUAAAAUCAUUUCUUAUGGUUUUGUAAUGCACGAUGGAGCAUUCUGUCGAUCGUUUUUCAAUCUAUUGGAUCUUUUAGUAGUUGCUGUCUCGCUGUUGACAGUUUUUUCUAAAAUGGCAAGUACUCAAAAUUUUAGCGCGGGACCAAUGUCAUUAGUAAAAGUCUUAAGAGUUCUGCGAGUACUCAGACCUUUACGUGCUAUAAAUAGAGCAAAAGGAUUAAAAUAUGUAGUGAAAUGCGUGAUAGUUGCAAUUAAGACCAUCGGAAAUAUCAUGCUGGUUACAUAUUUACUCCAAUUCAUGUUUGCUGUCAUAGGAGUUCAGCUUUUUAAGGGGAAAUUCUUUUCCUGCAAUGAUCUUUCCAAAACUACAGAAUUUGAAUGCCAAGGUUUGUAUCUAACGUUUGACCACGGUGAUGUGGACACUCCUAAAAAACAAGAUAGAAAAUGGGAACGCAACUCGUUCCAUUUUGACGAUGUGGCUAAAGCCAUGCUCACGUUGUUUACUGUUUCGACGUUUGAGGGAUGGCCUUCACUGUUGCACAAAUCAAUCGAUUCCAAUGAAGAAGAAAAAGGUCCCAUUCACAAUUACAGACCAAUCGUGGCCGCGUAUUAUAUAAUAUAUAUAAUUAUAAUAGCGUUUUUCAUGGUCAACAUAUUCGUCGGUUUCGUUAUAGUAACGUUCCAAAACGAAGGAGAACAGGAGUACAAGAAUUGCGAACUAGAUAAAAAUCAAAGGAACUGCAUAGCUUUUGCUCUGAAAGCCAAACCUGUCCGUCGUUAUAUACCCAAACAUCGAUGCCAGUACAAAGUGUGGUGGUUCGUGACAUCUCAGCCAUUCGAAUAUACAAUAUUCGUGUUGAUUAUGGUCAAUACCAUAACACUCGCUAUGAAGUUCUAUAAACAACCCCAAUAUUACGAUAGCAUAUUGGAUAUGCUAAAUUUGUUUUUCACGGCCGUAUUCGCGUUGGAAUUUGUUUUCAAACUAGCAGCUUUUCGAUUUAAGAAUUAUUUUGGUGACGCAUGGAAUGUUUUUGAUUUCAUAAUUGUACUGGGAAGUUUUAUUGAUAUUGUCGUUGAAAAUUUAUCACCUACUAACAUUACCAUUCCUAAGAAAAAAGACAGAAAACUUUCGAUUAACUUUUUUCGACUAUUUCGGGUUAUGCGUCUAGUGAAAUUAUUAAGUCGUGGUGAUGGUAUUAGAACAUUAUUAUGGACAUUCGUCAAAUCAUUUCAAGCUCUACCGUACGUCGCACUUUUAAUUGUUAUGCUGUUUUUCAUAUACGCAGUUAUCGGUAUGCAGAUUUUUGGAAGAAUAGCAAAAGAUACCAAGGAAUCUGCAAUACAUAGAAACAACCAUUUUCAGACGUUCCCUCAAGCCGUCCUCAUUCUAUUUCGCUCUGCAACGGGUGAAGCUUGGCAAGACAUUAUGAUGUCGUGUGCUUAUCGACCUAACGAAGUAUUCUGCGAUAGCGGUGCAGAUAAGACGGAUGAUAACUGUUGCGGUUCCGAUUUUGCUUUCCCGUACUUCAUUUCGUUUUAUGUGCUGUGUUCAUUUCUAAUCAUCAAUUUGUUUGUCGCGGUCAUCAUGGACAAUUUCGAUUAUUUAACCAGAGAUUGGUCCAUACUGGGACCGCAUCAUUUAGACGAGUUCAUCAGGUUGUGGAGCGAAUACGAUCCCGAUGCCAAAGGUAGAAUAAAACAUCUGGACGUUGUGACGUUGUUGAGAAAAAUAUCACCUCCUCUGGGAUUCGGUAAACUGUGUCCGCACCGCGUCGCGUGUAAGAGACUGGUUUCCAUGAACAUGCCCUUAAAUAGUGACGGCACAGUGUUGUUCAACGCGACACUGUUUGCAGUCGUCCGAACGUCGUUACAUAUAAAAUCUGAAGGCAACAUCGAUGACGCAAACGCUGAGUUAAGAGCUGUCAUUAAAAAGAUUUGGAAACGUACCAACCCGAAACUUCUCGACCAAGUUGUGCCGCCUCCGGGAGUUGACGACGAAGUGACUGUAGGCAAAUUCUACGCGACCUUCUUGAUUCAAGAUUAUUUCCGUCGGUUCAAAAAACGAAAAGAACAAGAAUUAAAAGAAGGGGACAAAGAAGCGCGAAAUACCGUUACACUUCAGGCUGGUUUGCGCACUUUACAUGACGCUGGUCCUGAAAUCAAAAGAGCUAUAUCAGGAAACCUUGAUGAACUCAUCGAUGACAAUCCCGAACCGUCGCACAGGAGAAAUCACUCGCUCUUUGGCAGCGUGUGGUCAUCAAUGAGACGUAGGACGGGCAGUUUGAAACGGUCAUUUAGAGUAAGCAAUACUCAUUCGAAAAAAAAGCAUAAAAAUUAUUUACAAGUGUCAGGAAGAAAUGUGACAAAGCUGUCUCCAUCGAGUUCAAUUGAAGUAGAUUUUUUACCCAACAAUUAUGCCAAACCACAGCGAGAUACCAAAAUUCAAAAUGGAUCUGUUUCACUACAUAGUGGAUACUCCCAUUACGAUUGGCUAAACAGAAGCCUCGACACUGAUGAUAACAUAUCGAACUUAGAUGAAGAUAUUGUAUACUGGCCCGUGCACAACCGCAGUGCUGCUAAAUUACUAUACAGCCAUAAUAACCAUCGAACUAUGCAUAUUUUACAACGCGCUUCAUUUCAUUUCAAAGGUAGUAAAGACGAAAUGAACGGAGCCAUUCCGUUAACCAGGUUAUCACAUUCUGUACCUGGAAGUCCCGUAGAUGAUAGACUGAAUACAGGCGAAGUGAUUGGAUCUGCAGAAAGCCUCGUUGGAAGGAUAUUAGCGGAACAAGGCCUGGGGAAGUACUGUGAUCCAGUUUUUGUCAAGAAUACAUCCAAAGAAUUGCGCGAAGCGUUAAAUAUGACUAGAGAGGAAAUGGAUUCUGCUGCCCACCAAUUACUUGUCCGAGAACAACAAGGCCGCCCUAUAUCCUACCACGAAGAAGAUAGUAAUUUUGUCUAAAAUAUUUUUACUUCCUAAACGUUUAAAACUAUAAUAAUAUUAAUAUAACUCGCAUAAUAUAAUAUUAUUAUGCAUUAAAAUAAUACUAAUUAAUCAUUAUUCAAUCAUCUGAGUCCAAUUCAAGUGCCUCACUUUAAAAUAAUUUUGAUUGUGUUGUUCAGCACGAGUGCCUAGUCGUAAAGUCUAUUCAUUAUUAUACGUUGAGUUUAGUUAUUUUAUUGAUGUUUAAGAUUUAUUUAUAAACGUUUUCCAUGUUAACUUUCUUGUGUAAAUAAUUAAUUUUUAUUAGAUGGUCAUAGUUUAUAUAUGUUUUGCUUAGUUGAUGUAUAUUUGAUUUGUUGGUGCUGAAAAUGUAUAAUGAUAACAUAAACAAAUGCUAUAUACAUACACAUUCAAUUUUACCUACAUUUGUUCUCAUAGUUCGUUUCUUCUCGAAUUAACUGUAAUAUUGUAAUAGAGUCUAACUCAAUCUACGCUGAAACGGCACCCGAACCUGACCUAAAAUGUAUCUACAUCAUAAUUAACCCACUGCAGUCAGUCAUUGCUUAAUUAUAAAAAAAAGUACUAUUUAAGUUACAUAAGCAAAAUUUAUAUUUUUAUAUGUUCUAGAUUAAUAUUAUUUAAGUACGAUGUUUUAUGUUAGUUAGAUGAAAGAGCGCAUAAAAUGCCUACCCUGGGUAUAAGUAAAUAAUAAAAACGAAUUGCUUCCCUAAUAUAAAAAAAAACUGUCACCCAUCUGCAGGGUAUCAAUAGCUCUAGUGUCACUACUGAGUCUAUAAGUGAUAAAAUUUCAAUAUUUUUACAAGCCCAAUCGCUCAAAAAUUAAUGCGGCUGAAGCCAAUACGUAACGGAUUGAACUAUUCAUUUCAAAUAUUAUUUCUGUGUGCAGUGAUCAUUUUUUUUUUUAACAUUCCAACACAAUAAAAUUAUAUUGAAACUUUAAAAAUGUUCCCGUUAUUUUUUGCAACAAUUAACUGAAUAUAAUAAUUUAAGUAACCGGUAAUUAUCAUAUUAUUCGCAAUUAACAAAUUUCAGGUAGGUAUUAGGGUUUUGGGUUAUUUUUAACGCUAUUCGUAAGAUUAUUAUACAAUGCUCUAUAUAAGUAUACGUUUUAAUUAAUUAUAUCGUUAUAAGUGUAAGUAGACAUUGAAAAAGGGUAACGUUCUUUUUUGUAAAAAAUUGUCAAUAAGGCACUUCAACAUUUAUCUGUUGAUUCCGUUUGCAUCAUGUUCCAAUGGCCCCACGUCCGAAAUUUUAAAUCGUUUUCAAACAUUUAACACAUUACAUUUCGUCCGACUGCAGCCAUUAAUCUUAUUUCCGUGUACAAUACCGGAUUUAUCGAAGGUGCAAUGCGCAGGUGUUAGAUUUGUUUAACGGCAUAAAAUAGUACAUUACGAUUAAAUAAAAACAUUUUACCAUCAAGUAUUGAAUAAUGAUUCAAGAAAAUUAAGUAUUUUCAAUUCGAAAACGUAUUUAUACAUCCGCACUCGGUUAUUCUUGGCCGUAGAAAAUCCGGGCAAAAUGUAAACUUCUACGACUACGAACAUCCGAUAGAUGACAUAAAUCGAUUCGUUUUCGACGGAAAGUCCCCGGGUCAGAGUAGUUGCAUCCCGACCGGCUAAGAUUUUUAUCCGGCUCUGACCGUGUGCCCCCACACCUAUCUUCCGCGCACUCGAACGCGUAUUUUACGACCAUAUUUCGUAUGCUAUUUAAUUAUAUCAUAUCGCCACGGCGUAUCGUGUCGACGAGGCCGUCCGAUAUCCCAUAUUGAAACCGCUGCGUGCGUGAUGGUACUUGUCCGGGCCGUAAACAACUAUUAAGCGCAGUGACGCGGUCGUCUGUCGAAAUCGGAGUACAAAUGCUCCGCACGUCCACGUGUACGUAAAUGUAUUUAUCUUCGUACACAAUACGUGUACCUAUCCGUACGUAUGCGCACACGCGAUCGGGUCACACGCAUUGUAGUACAUUGUCAAAACCUGCAGGUACGGAACGAUUAUAUUGGACAGGAUCAAAGCAAACACCAUUAGCCACCUCCCGCGGACACGGUACCCAAAGGGUCUGAAAGGAACACGAUAUUAUUACCAGGGUAAUUUUUCUUCCGUGUUUUACCAUGGAUAUCGGAAUACCGCAUGUUAUACAUGUGUAUACACUCGUAUUUAUAUACACGCGCGCACACACGCGCGCGCGCGCCGCGCAUAAUAAUGGUACACCGUCACCGAUCAAUACACACGGGUUCGAAAUCGCGGUCGUAAAAUAUUUCGGGCAAAAAAAUAAACGUGCGUUAAAAAAUAAAUUUAUGUUUACUCGCGUCUGUACGGAUGUGAUUGUCUGCAACAAUAAUAACGGGGAUUAUUUUUUUUCCAAGCAAAUAUUUUAUCUUAAAUGAAAAGAACGUUUACAUAUAGGUGUACGUGUACAUACGUCUGUGUACUAUUAUUAUUUUUUUUCGUCGAAAUGUAAUUUAUCACAAAAUGUCAUCCGUCUAAUAUAAUAUGUAGGUACCGUAGUACCGUAAUGCUCCUCGUACGGAAUUAAACAAAAACCAAACGGACGCGCACACCAACUCGUAUAACAUAGGCACGUGUCGAUAUCCAAAACACGAUCGAUCAAAAGCCAUUGAACAUGA